CAUCAACUCGCCGCCCUGCAGGCUCUCGUUUCUUUUUCUGCCGUCUCCUGCACCCGCAAUGGCCUCGCAAAUGUCACUUGUUGAUCUCGCAAACACCACGCGUCCCCCAACGAGGGCACACUCCAUGGUCCAAGAGCAUCGCUCCCACUCGAUCCCCCAGCAUAGGCCCAGGAUGAAGAAGCAGCCGCCCCAGAAGGGCAUUGACGACUUCUGGGACAAGUUCUCCACCAAGCAUCCCGGCAAGAUCUUCACAAUUCUCCCGGACAACCUCUACGCAAAACGAGCCGCUGCCCAUGCGCCAAAGGGUGCAAUUCUCGGCCAGAACGCUGUGGCUUCUUAUCAGGAGGCUGCCGAAGCUUGCCGGGCAAAAGUAGAGAAGAUAGUGCGAGAGUGUCGACGAAUCAACCAGAAAUACCGCGACCCCCAUUUCGACAUUGAAUACGACUUCAAGCGCUCGCAGCUGGCUCCGGACAUCCCACAAGACUGUCUGUGUGCCCUGAACGAAGACCGGACAGAGUUCCAGCCCAUGUCGGUUAAGAGAAUUGAGGACAUCUUUGAGAAACCCCGAUUCUUCAUCGAAGGCGCCACCGCAAACGACGUCCGACAAGGCAAUGACGGCGACUGCUGGUUUAUGUCAGCACUCUGCACAUUGAGUAACAAGGAGGGCCUCAUCCAGCGAGUCUGCGUCGCAAGAGACGAGGAAGUCGGUGUAUAUGGAUUCGUUUUCCACAGAGAUGGAGAAUGGAUAUCGGAAGUCAUCGACGACAAGCUCUACCUCAUCAAGGAAGACUUUGAUGAUGCAACCAUUGGACGCUAUCAAUGGUUAGAGCUACAAAACCGCAAGAGCCCCGAGGAUGAGUACCGGGCAGUCAUGCAGACCGGGUCGAGGGCUCUAUACUUUGCCCAAUGCAGCGAUCCAAACGAAACUUGGCUUCCUCUGCUCGAGAAAGCGUACGCCAAGGCUCACGGAGACUACUCGGCAAUUGACGGUGGAUUUGUUGGCGAAGGAAUCGAAGACCUCACAGGAGGUGUCACAUCCGAAGUCUUUGCCACAGACAUUCUAAACAAAGACAAGUUCUGGCGAGAAGAGCUCAUGAAUGUCAACAAGACAUUCCUCUUUGGCUGCGGCCAAAUGGGCGGUGUCUACGGACAGCGGAAGGGCAUCCAGGAGAAGCAUGCUUACUCUAUCAUGGAAGCCCAAGAAAUCGACGGUGUGAGGCUCUUGAAAUUGAGGAAUCCAUGGGGCAAGACAGAAUGGAAUGGUGCCUGGAGCGAUGGCUCUGAAGAGUGGACCCCCGAAUGGAUGCAGAAACUCAACCAUAAGUUCGGUGACGAUGGCGUGUUCUGGAUUUCUUACAAGGAUCUUCUCCGCUCUUAUCAACAUUUCGACCGAACCCGACUCUUUGGACCAGAGUGGACCGUAUCCCAGCAAUGGACUAGCGUCAACGUGCCCUGGUCUGUUGAUUACCUCGACACCAAAUUCAAAUUGACCCUCUCAAAGCCAAGCCCGGUGGUGAUCGUCCUUUCACAGCUUGAUGACAGGUACUACCAAGGACUCGAAGGCCAAUAUGAGUUCCAUCUCCAAUUCCGGCUCCACAAGGAUGACGAAGAGGACUACAUCGUUCGAAGCAACGGCACUUAUUACAUGAAGCGGUCUGUCAGCGCCGAGGUCGACCUCCAGGCUGGAAACUACACUGUCCUCGUGAAGAUUAAGGCUACUAGGUUCCCGAAUCCGACCCCUGAAGAUGUUAUUCGAUCGACAUGUGCCGGUAGAAGAGAGAAGCUCCUCAACAUCGGUUUGAGUUACGAUCUAGCUCAUGCCAAGGGCCAAUUUCGAGAGGCAGAGAAGGACAGACUAAAACGCGAGAAGGAGGAAAAGAAGGAGAAAAAGAAGCUGGAGCUCAAGCGCGCGCAUGAACAACGACGUAAACUCCGCAAGAAGGACAAAAAGCGGCAGCAAAAGAAAGAACAAAAGAUUGUCGAGAAGAAGUCUAAGAAGUCUAGCUCCGACCCCCUAACGCAGCUGGAGAACAAGUUACACGAUAUAAAUGGCCUUGGUAUCUCUGUCGAAGAGGAAGAUCGACAGCCCAGGGAUACUGAGCCGAAGCCAAUGCAUCCGGCUGUCGCAAUGCAUCAGAAGGCUCACAGCACGGGCACUAUUCAUAGUGAAGGCAAGGCGCACGAGCGGUCGCAAAGUCCAGGUAGUGGUGGAUUCGGUGGACGCUCGGGUUACAAUAAGGGCUUUCAGGGGCGGAGUGGGUAUAACCAAGGACGAGAUGGUUAUAACGCCAACAUGCCAGGAGAGGGCUUCAAAGGGCGUGAUGGCUACAACGGACGAGAUGGAUACAACGGCAGAGACGGCUACAACGGACGAGACGGCUACAAUGGGCGAGACGGCUACAACGGCAGAGAUGGCUACAACGAAGGCACAACCGAAUCCCCUCGCCCUGAUACACCCAGCCACCGCCCCGUAUCGCCAAACCCUCAACGCCGCGACUCCCGCCGAAACUCCCCUGCACCACCCUCACGCCGCGCCACCCUCACCCCUAUCCCCGGCGUGCGCCCUGGCAUUCACGUCACUGACCACAGAUCACGUCGCUCUGCAUCUCCUUUCAGUGACACGAGCGAUGGCAGCAGCUGGGACAGCGAGCUUGACGGACCAUCGUCAUCUGAUAGCGAUGUAGAAGACUCUGACGCCGCCACACAUAUCUAUCGCUUCCGCCUGGAAGAAGACGACAACGACGACGAGCAGGAUGAGUUCGAGCGUGACCCCUGGAAUGCAGUUGCUGUGAUUGGCCUCAGGGUCUAUAGCAAAGACACCGAUGUCAGCAUUGAGGUUGUCAAACCUCAGGAAACAACAAAGAGAAAAGAGAAAGCCCUCGACGUCGACGAUUCUGCAGCCGACGCAACUAGGCCGUGGGAUCGUGUACGCGCGUAUGUGAGCCAGCGGGGUUACAUAGAGGCGUUGGAGCAAGCGGAGAUUGAGAAAGUGGGCAAUGCGCCGGCGAAUGAGGAGGUCAGCAGGCAGGGUUAAAGGGGAAAAAAUGGCAGUACGCUUCGAUUGGGAUAGUAGCAAGACUGCUCAAUUUCUAAUUGGUAAUUGUAAUUUCUUUACCUGUGGUCUUUGUGGGGAGGGAUAUGGUGGUAAACUCUCUCGCUCGGUGUUUGGUAGGCUGUAGUUUUUCGGUCCGUUCUUACGGUAUAUCUUAUUCUUCGUCUUCCAUGCGUGCGUUCAGCGAUUUAGUCCCCUAAUUUGCUUGCGUAUACAUCCAGAGGUAUACUCAUGAUAAUGUCAUGCUCCUUCAAUCUAGUCCAUCCGAUUUGGAUCUUUGUCACUACAGUCAAUGCUUCGAAGUCCUCCUGACGCUCUCUCUUUU